AUGAGAAAGCCUUGUUGUGAUAAAGAAAACAUCAAUAAAGGUGCUUGGUCUAAGCAAGAAGAUCAAAAGCUUAUUGAUUAUAUACAAGUUCAUGGUGAAGGAUGUUGGGGAUCCAUUCCUAAAGCUGCUGGGUUGCAUCGUUGUGGCAAAAGUUGUAGACUAAGAUGGUUAAACUAUUUACGACCAGAUAUCAAACGAGGAAUCUUUGCACAAGAUGAAGAAGAUCUCAUCAUUAAACUCCAUGCCCUCCUUGGCAAUCGGUGGGCACUCAUUGCUGGAAGAUUGCCAGGACGUACAGAUAAUGAGGUGAAGAACUAUUGGAAUUCUCAUAUUCGUAGAAAGCUCAUAAAAAUGGGAAUUGAUCCAAAUAAUCACAAGCUACACAAAGGCUUACCUAUUAUUAAUCCUCAUGUUUCUACUGCUGGCACUUCAUCAUGGGACGAGUCCAUGAACAAAGAUAUCGAUAAUAAUAAUAAUAACAAAUUGUGUGAUGCUAUCACAAAGAAAGAAGCAUCAACAAAUAAUUCUAUGUCCUCUUUGAAUCUUGACUUAACCAUUGCUUUACCUUCAAAUGAUUGUGAGUCUCAGAAGAUUAUGGAUAUGGAUAGGGAUAUUGAUCUUAAUUGUUAA